CCUGGUACGAGUUAAAAAAAGAAGAUGGCGGUCAACAUGUUGCUGCAAUCAAGGUUAUUUCACGGACAUUUUCGUAGGAAUUUGAAGCCUCAUAUCCGCGACUAUGCUUUUUUUCGCUGCUCAAGGCUUAGUACUAUGGUAAAACCCUACAUUUUUCACUCAAAAACGAGAACUUUAGAGUCAGACUCACAGGGUCUCUAUUUGACGAAGUCAGUUCUGGUGGGUGACAUGCCGACGUUUGGGUCAGAGAAUACGUUCGAGGCAAUAGAUCGCGAUGAGUUGAUGUCUAGAUACCGACAGUGCGUCUUGCAGACCAGAUUGUUUAAUUAUGAGGGGGAAAGAUCUACGAAAACAACGUGCGCAAUGCCUUUGAUGCAAAACAUGAUGAAGGUUGUCUGGAGUCUUGCGGAUAGAUUUCCAGGCUUAUUGGACAUGACAUUGUCCUACAAGCCACAUGUAUCAGCCACCUGGCCGCGCGGGAAACAAGACGUUCAAGUGUCUGGAAACCUGGGGUUUCUCCUCUCCUCUAAAAAUAUCUUGAGCCCCUUUGCAAAUCCAGAUCAAGUGAAUGCAACCAAGAAGCAAAGCCUUGAGAACCUUGACAUUAUAGCUCCUGUGUUCAACUUGCAUCAGAUGGAAACUAAGGGUGAGAUGGAUACUGGCUUUUACCCUGGUGCACCAUACCCCAACCUGCAUACCCUGGUGAUGGUCAACACAGAGAAGGACUGGUCAAUCAGGGAUAUCUCAGCUCAAGGGAUGAUGUUCACAUUUGCUAGGCUGGUUGCCGAAGCAACAUGUAACCAUGGCUAUCAAAUGGGGGAAGACCUAGAAGAACCCUUAACAGGGCAGUGUAUCAUGACAAAUGGCAUCAGACUCUCAUUCCUUUGUUUCCAGUUAAACACUUUAGACUUGCGCUCAGAUGAAGGUGUGAAAAACAUGGUUUGGCUCAAAUCAGGGGUGCAGAUGUAUGAGCGGGCAAGGCUUGAGGAGGUUCCUCCUGAAAGGAAGUUAGAUCCGAUAACUUAUGAAGCUAAAGUUGAGGGCUUCAAUACUGACAGUUUUGAAAUGUUUACCAAUAUGCUGUUAAAUGGUUCACAGGAUGAUCAGAGUUAGUGCUAGUUAAAUACAUGUCUACUUUUACAAAGUUACAUCCUUAAAGUAAAAUAAAAUUGAAAUUGCUAACCCAAAGUUUCUAUAUAGGUUUUAUAACUGUUAUUUUGAGUUAUCCAUGAACCACCAAGUACAAAAUGAUAUAGAUUUUGGCUUCUGUCAAGUCAAAAGCCUUGAACUGCUUUCAUAGGUCUACACAUUAAUGGCGUCCAACCAAGCCAGUUAACAGCAAUCGUUGAAAGAGAUGAGAAAUGCUGUAGUAUGUAGGGAAUGGUACGUAGGUGAAAGUUCUCAUAAUACUGAAAAUUGCAGUAACCUAGAUCCUUGAAUUUAUUGGAAAGACAGUUAAA